CCUCUGUUCGCCAAACAAUUUUCCUCCUUCUACGAUCCUUCUCUGCAAACUCUCGCUGACGAAGUGGGAGCCAUCUACUACCGUGUUGGAUUUUGGGCAUAGAGACCUGAUGCUCUCCUAGACAAAGGAACGACAACGGGCGGUGGCCGUGGUGACAAAUCUUUCACCGUGAACCGGCCAAGCAGCAGACCGACAGGCAGAACUUGUGCCUGCAAUCUCUGCCAUCAUUCUAAGUUGCCAAUAAGAACGAAUAUCGAAUCAGCACAGACCAGCUCUCAAUAUCCCCAACCUGAAUCUUCUGAGUCGGUCCCACCCGAGGCCGAUAUGCCACUCACAUCACAGACUGUCACCACAUAGAUCGACAUACCUGGAGAUGACAGACGCAGCCACGGCCAACGGCACCACAAAUGGAGCACAUGAACCGUCUUAUGACACCUCCAAUAUCCUGGAAGCUUUACAAGUCAUCCACAAUCCCGCCACCAAGAAUGAGGUUAGGAGGCAAGCGUCGGAGUACCUGGAGGGGUUGAAGUUGAGCAAUGAAGCGCUUCAAUAUGGCUGUGCCCUCUCGAGCGACAAAACGCAGCCGCCUCUGGUACAACAUUACGGACUUUCCGUGCUCAGCCAUAUCGUCCGACAUGAGGUUCACCAUCUUUCUGAACAGCAAACCAAUCAACUUCGGGAAUGCAUCCACGAGCUGGGCCGGUCGAUCCAGGACAGGGAUCUUGUUUUCAUUCGCAACAAAAUUGCCGAGCUAUGGAUCGAAUUGGCCAAGCGCUACUGGGCUCUGGAUAUGUUCGGCCUGGAUGAGCAUUUGGUGUACCUAUGGGAACAGGACCUCGUACAUAAGGACUUUGUUCUCACGAUACUGGAAAACUUGUCGGAAGACAUCUUUGUUCGGGAUGAUAGCAUUGCCAUUAUGCGAGGGCGAGAUUUGAACUCCGCGCUUGUCGAGAUCUUCACAUCCAGCUCAAACUUCGCAGGAGGCAUCAAGAUCGGCGAGACCACCCACCACAUGCGCUAUGGAAAGGACGGCUGGCUCACCAGAAUCAGGCAAUUCCUCGAGGAAGCAAUCCAAAGCCCUAGCAUAGAGGGACAGCUCAAAGAGGUCAUCCUGAAGGCUCUUGCCACUAUACGCUCAGCUUUCACGUGGGUCAUGACACCAGCUGUUGUACAAUCGAUGGCUUUGGCAGUGACAUGUGGAUUCCUGACCCAAGCAGAUCCGGACCUCAUCAUGGCUGCCAUCGACAGUCUACUGUCGUUGUACGGAAGAGUUCGCCUAGAAGAGCUCGAGGUGCAAGCUCUUGUGCAUCCACUAAUCCAGCCUGACAGUAUCGCAACACUACGACAGCUAUACAGCUGGUCUGUUGUUUCAGCGAAUGAAAUGGACAGCAGCAAGUAUGUCAUUUCGAAAAAGCUCUCGGAGUUGAUGUCCCUGUUUGCGGAUCACAUGUGCCAAUACAAACCUCCGGACGUUGACACUCUCGACCUUUUCCCCUUUUUGCGGUUCUUGACCAUGGUCGCAGAACAUGAAAGUCUGAUAGUCUCCAUUCCAGUGGUUCACUCUUGGGUCAAGAUGCUGGAGGUACCGAGCUGGCGGACAACUCCCGCCGUAUCACAAUGUAUCGGUCCGCUUCUGGAGGUAGCGUCACAACGACUCAUGCAGUAUGAUCAGCUCCCGGAGGAUACCCAGGAAUCUGUGGUGAUUUUCGUGAAUGAAGAGAUCGAGCUCUUUCCGGAACGCCAGGGGUUUUACAUGAACUAUCGCAGGCUCUGCUCGGCUGUCAUUGAAUGGAUCUGUUUCGCACAAUUGGAAGACGCGAUUCACGCCGUCAUGAGUCGAGUUGACGCUCUCUUAAAUGACAUCGAAUCAGCGGAACAGCAGUUUGACAUUACGAGGUAUGGACGCGUGUCGAUGCAUCUCCUCCGCGCCGACGCCUACUUUGCCAUGGUCGAUGCAGCAUUCAAAGGAUUCGAUCGAUGGCAGGGGGCACACCGAGAAAGUUCAAGUCCGGAAGAAGACCAGCUCGGGCAAAGAAUGCGGGAAGAGACUAAAGCUUGGAUGUUGAACAUGAUGAACAAUAGGCACUUUAAAGACCCGCAGAUCAGGCAACGCCAGAUCAAGACGGUAGUCGAGGUUUCCAAUCGAGCUCUGAAGAAGGACACGGGCUUCGCUUUUAGCGUCCUGGAGCACAUAUUGUCCUCGUUCAUCAUAGCUGGGCAACAAGAUUCCACCUAUGCAGACGCUGUCGAGGACCUGCACAGCUAUGCUACGAGCGAGUUGAGGCGCUUGUCGUUGCAACAUGCCGACUAUUUUGUCACCUUCUACGACCAGCUCCAAGCGAAAUUCUCAGAUCUAAUAGAUCAGAUUAGUGCCAGUGAACGACUGCAGGUUGAUUUGAAGUCUACGCUCUUCUCAGUCAUCCAACAUGCGACCGGGGUCGACUACGCCCAACGUCAAGCCAAACUGGAAGAAUUCCUCCGACCGAUUGCCGCAGCCUGGGCAGACCAAAGCUUCCAAUCCGCUUUAGGCAGCUUGGAGUCUUUUGCCCAUUUCCAAGGGUUCGACCAGGUUGGACCGUACCUGGCGUCUUUAGGAGCAGGCAAAAUUGAAGAUUGGUCUGCCGUUCCCUACGAUAAUCGUGGAGUGCAGAUUCAGAACGAGAUGUCGUCUGCUUAUGCAAGAUUACCUCUUCGAGCCACGCGGAUUUUCCUGAGCAUAUCUACCGACAGACUCGAGCAGGGUUCUCAGCUCCACAGUAUGAUAUGCGACUUGUGGUCACCCAUGGUCCCAAUGAUGCUGGAGUACGUUCUCCGUCUUACGAGCUAUAACCACCAGUUGCACAAUCCCUCAUCGUGGCCGAAUGUCCCCCCUGACCUCGAGGGUGUCAUCCGACGAGUUCUCCGAGACCGAUACUGGCAGUCGGGGAUCUCGGCGGGUUCCAUGGGCGAGUUUCACAGCCGGGUCAAAGCCUCCAAGUCAACGCUGGAGGGAUUUGCAUCAUCAGUGCGCGGGAAAAUACGAGGACACCUCGAACAAUGCUACAGCAUCCUCCACACACUGGGUAGGCUGGGCCCGACUUUCUACAGCUUGCAGCAACUCCCUGAGUUGAUCGCACAAGCCGCCAUUGAUUCGGCAGCUCCGCUGAGCCCGCAUCAUUUCUCUGUCAUGCUCCAGAUGCUGCCGAAGUUGAUUGACGAAUGUCCGCCGGGAAGUCGGCAGCAUUUCCUGACUCCAAUCAUCCAGUCCGUCCUUGUGCAGAUGGACACCAAGCUCUCAAUUGAGUGGGAGAAGAUGAACCAACGGAAACAAAACAAGCAUGACGAGGAGAAUCUUGGAGACGAGAUGAGAGAUGACUCGGUGCUGCGGCAGACUACCUAUCGGGCCGUCAAUCUGGUUGCGCACUGGUUGCAGCCGAAGCGCGAACAGGAGCUGAGCUCAAAAAAGUCGAUUGUUAAUCGCAACUACUUGAUCGACGGCAGUCAACAAACAAUGCGCGAGUUUUUGCUCUCGAAUGUGCAAAUCCUGGAGAAGCUGCUUGUCCUCAUCACCCAUGCGCUUGCGUUCAAGGACAUGAAGUCGUCCUACCAGAUGCUCAUGACUGCCCACCGUCUUGUUCCAGAGUUUGCAUCCGACCGCUUCGUUAGCGGCCAAGAAGCCGCCGCGGUGCGCGAGUACAUCUCGACGGAGAUGCUCAAGACCGCAAUCACUUGCUUGAACGACGGCUAUUUCGCCGACCAGCAGGUCUACUAUGCCCAGCUGAUCGCGGGGAUCUGGCUCUCGUACGGGUUGCCGAACCACGUCCCCGCCACAGAGACCACGCCCGCUCACGAACGCCAGCCGUUGACCUCGACGCCCCAAGACGUGAUCCUCAGCUUACCCGGCAUGACCGAGGCAAAGGUCAGCCACGCAUCUGCGUUGCUUCUCAAGGAGGCCGCCGUGGGCAGCCGGUCAAAGAGGCUCCGAGCCAUCAUACUCGCACUGCUCGAGGGCGUCAGAGGGGUCCGGGUUAGUGAGCUGGGCAAGAUCGACACGAGGCAGCAGCACUCGAAGAUCUUGGAGAAGUACAAGCAAAGAGAGAUGUUGAGCAUGCAGGGCGUCGAAGACGCGGGGCAGAACGUCGGGAGCGGCCCUGGGGACGACGGAGCUGAUUUGGCGGGAGUGGCGGACAUGUUUUCUGGCUAGAACUGGGGGGCAAAAGACCGCAAACAACCACAACAACGACUGCGGGGAAUAGAGUAGAUGUUAUGCGCACGUUGGAUAUCGAGGCGGGCAGCGCUCGAAGGCAGGCACGUGAAGCUCAAUGCGAAUUUUGCAAACGGACGUCAAAGCCAGCCUCCUCACUGCGAGAUGAUCGUCUGUAACGGAACGAUGCAUUCCUUGUCCCAAUGCUG